GCUCCGUAAAGCAAACUGCUAAACUGUGCACUAUUUACCUAUAUUGCAAACAACGAAAGCGACAUUCAUAGAGUAGGUUACUAUUAGAAUGUAUUCGGUCGGUGAUACAAUACAUUUUGCACUCUAGUGAUGGACCAAUAUUAAUUGUGCAUAGCCGCCCAACUCACUCACCAACAGCAUUGCCACAAUUCAAUACAGUGAUGUCUGUGUACAGAAUUUUGUUAGGAGUAUCACAACACGGAUUAUUUCAAUGAAAUACUAAUUGCAAGGAUAAUUACACAUACGAGUGAAGACCCAGAAAGGUACCAAAAGGAUUCCAUACAUUUGUGAUUGGAUGUGAGUCUACUUUGACCCCAGAAAUCUGACGAUGAUGUUGCUAUGGAAACUGCUGGUGCUGAAGUCACUCAUGGGGUGCCUGGCAGAGAGCAGUGUCCUGCAGAGCCCAGUGUUCACCAAGCAGCCUGGCAGCAUUGUGUUUCCUGUUGACUCCCAGGAAAACAACAGAGAUGUGGUGUUCAGCUGUGAGGCCCAGGGAAGCCCAUCUCCCCUUUAUCGGUGGAAACUGAAUGGCACCGCGAUCACUCCCAAAUCAGGCUCACACUAUAGCCUGUCUGGAGGCAACCUCCGAAUCAGCCAUUUAAACAAAGACCAAGAUGCUGGAACAUAUCAGUGCCUCGCCUCCAACUCUUUUGGGACCAUCGUGAGCCGAGAGGCCAGUCUAACCUUUGCAUACUUGGGGAACUUCAAGACCCACCGAAGAAACUCAGUGUCAGUUCGCGAGGGACAGGGGGUGGUGCUGUUGUGUGGUCCCCCAUCUCACUCUGGAGAUCUGACAUUCUCCUGGAUUUUUAAUGAGUAUCCCUCGUUUGUGAAGCAGGACACACGACGCUUUAUCUCCCAGGAGACGGGCAAUCUAUACAUCGCUAAAGUGGAGCCUUCUGAUGUGGGCAACUACACCUGUGUGGUGACCAAUACUGUCACCAAAACCAGAGUCCAGGGCCCGCCCACGCCUUUGGUGCUCCGCAGUGAUGGUAUAAUGGGUGAAUACGAGCCGAAGAUCGAAGUUCAGUUUCCAGAGAUUGUCCAUGUAGCCAAAGGAUUGACAGUGAAACUGGAAUGUUUUGCAUUAGGAAACCCUGUCCCCUCUAUAAACUGGAGUAGAGUGGACGGAAUCCCCUUUUCUAGGAAAGUGGACGUGAGGAAAGCCAGCGGCGUCCUGGAAAUCCCUUAUUUCCAGCAGGAAGACGCGGGCACAUAUGAGUGUGUGGCAGAGAACUCCAGGGGGAAGAACACUGUAAAAGGAAAGCUCUCAUUCUACGCCCCUCCACAUCUGAUAGAGAAACCUGAGGAUGUGCAGAAGCCCAUUGACGACUCUCUGGUGUGGGAAUGCAAGGCCACCGGGAAGCCCAAGCCCUCCUAUAGGUGGAUGAAGAACGGAGAGAACCUGGAGUCACUGGAGGAGCGCAUACAAGUUGCCAAUGGAGCGUUGUCAAUCAGCCGGCUGACGCUGUCCGACAUUGGAAUGUAUCAAUGUGUGGCUGGAAACAAAUAUGGGGAGGUAUACUCCAAUGCAGAGCUCAGAGUCAUUGCUGUUGCCCCAGAUUUCUCCCAGAACCAGCUGAGGAGCCCCACCAUGGUGAAGGAGGGAGGAGACGUGCUGAUCGAGUGCCGGCCCAAGAUGUCCCCCUGGGGCGUGAUCUCCUGGAGGAAGGGCAGCGAGGCUCUUCGAGAGAGCCACAGAGUUUCCAUUCUGGAUAACGGAAACCUCCGGAUACAGAAUUCAACCAGACCAGAUGCAGGCCUUUACACGUGUGUGGCAAGAAACCAGUUUGGAGUUGCAAGCAGCUCCGGGACUCUCAUGGUCAAAGAGCCGACCAUUAUCACAACGGCACCGUCCACACUGGACGUGACUGUAGGAGAGAGCAUCGUGCUGCCGUGUCAGGUGACUCAUGACCCGUCUCUGAAGCUCAUGUUCACCUGGUUCUUCAACGAGCAGCUGAUCCACUUUGGCAACCACGGCGGAUACUUUGAAAAAGUGGGCGGUCAGCAUUCCGCUGGGGACAUCAUGAUUCGGAACAUCCAGCUGAGACACGCAGGGAAGUACACCUGUGCAGUGCAGACCAAGGUGGACAGUAUCUCCAUCGCAGCAGACCUGGUGGUCCGAGGUCCCCCAGGCCCACCUACCAGCAUCCAUGUAGAAGAAAUCAGUGACACCACAGCCUCUCUCUCCUGGAGACCGGGGCCUGAUAAUCACAGUCCAAUUACCACAUACACUAUCCAGGCCAGGACACCCUUCUCCCUAGGCUGGCAGGCUGUCACCACAGUUCCUGAGGUGGUGGGGGGCCGCAGUCUGACAGCUACAGUAAUAGACCUGAGCCCCUGGGUGGAAUAUGAGUUCAGAGUCCUGGCAAGCAACGCCAUUGGGACCGGGGAGCCCAGCAAACCAUCCAAACAAGCAAGGACAAAGGAGACAUCUCCGAAGGUCACACCAGCUAAUGUGAGCGGAGGUGGAGGCAGUCGCUCAGAAUUAGUCAUCACUUGGGAGCCUGUUCCUGAGGAGCUGCAGAACGGAGAAGGGUUUGGCUAUGUGGUGGCCUUCAGACCGUCCGGAGCCACAGGCUGGAUGCAGGCUGCCGUGCCCUCAUCAGAAGCUUCCAAAUAUGUCUUUAAGAACGAGAGCAUCCAGCCCUUCUCCCCCUUCCAAGUGAAGGUUGGAGUGUACAACAACGAGGGGGAAGGCCCUUUCGGACCUGUCAUCACCAUCUACUCUGCAGAGGAAGAGCCUGGCAGAGCGCCCACCAGGAUCCGUGCCAAGAGUCUGUCUGCGUCUGAGAUUGAGGUUUCAUGGAAAGCCCUGCCUUGGAACACCAGUAAGAGAAGAGUUCUAGGCUAUGAGUUGAGGUACUGGGAGAAGAGAGAGAAGGAGGAGACAGCCAGUGUCCAGAGGACGGUAGGGAACCAGACGUCAGCCAUUAUCCGAGGGGUGAGAGGAAGUAACACUUACUACGUCACAGUGAGAGCGUACAACACGGCCGGGGCUGGGCCUCCUAGUGUCACUGUCAAUGUCACCACCAAGAAACCACCGCCCAGCCAGCCCCCGGUGAAAGUGAUGUGGAACACAUUGAAUUCCAAGAUAAUCCUGAACUGGGAGCAAGUCAAGGCCCUGGAAAAUGAGUCAGAGGUCACUGGCUACAAAGUGCUCUACAAGCGUAACCGACACAGCCGCCCUAGUGUCAUGGAAACCAACACAACAACGGUGGAGCUCUCCCUGCCUAUGAAUGAGGAGUACUUCAUCCAGAUCAAACCAUUUGGGGAAGGAGGAGAGGGGAGCAGUAGCAGACAGAUCACCAUCCCCAGAAUACCAGGUCCCAAUGCAAUUGGCUCGGCGACCAAGGUCUCUACUUUAUCAGCCCUCAGUACAAUAGCAUUGUCUUUCACAGCGCGAACAUCGUUAUGACAAAGCGCUCCCAGUGAACAUUGCAUCUGAUGUGGAGGCAACUCAACAACGGAACACAAACACCCUCCGUCUGGUGUAACUAGAUCCAUUCAUUUAGGUUUUAGAGGCAGGAGGACGAGCAACGCUGGAAAGCAAAGUCAUUGAGAUGAGAAGGAGAGAAAGGGCCCCGCUUUCAACACCCCGCCGGCCGGCGAGAACAGGAAAUCCACCGAUGUCUUGACUCUGUUGUUACCAAAGCAGCUUUCAUUAAAAUGUCUUAUAUGCAUCUUUUGUAUGAUAUGUCUAGCUUUUAUAGAUUUAUUUUGAAACCAAUUCAUAAUUAGUCUGGGCUAGAAAAGGCAAGGUUGAGUGGAGUUCAGUGUAUGCCCAUACUUACUUACAGAUACAUUUUUAAAGUUUUCAGUUUGUUGGAAAGAGCACUUUUGUUGUCUAAAGUGAAGAGCAUUUUCUGGUCAAAAAUGAACCUGUAACUGUGGUUUCAUGUCAAGCAAAGACCAUAGUUCAGCCUUCUUAGAAACGUAUGAAUUGUUAACACUGAAAUGAUGUGUGUAUUGCUAACUAUUUUUUUAUUACUCCAUAAAACAUUGCACUGAUGCCUGAGGAAAAAUUUGACAUUAUGUUAAAGGACGAGAGUGACUUUAUUCACUCUCACUGCUUUGAAGUCCCAUCUUCCACAGGUUCCUCAACCUUGGCCAUUUAAUUGCACUGGUGACUGGACCCUCAUAUGGCUGUCUAUCUCAUCCUCUCAGUUAGCUGUGUGUCUACUCUGUAGCUAUUCUAUCUCAUCCUCUCAGUUAGCUGUGUGUCUACUCUGUAGCUAUUCUAUCUCAUCCUCUCAGUUAGCUGUGUGUCUACUCUGUAGCUAUUCUAUCUCAUCCUCUCAGUUAGCUGUGUGUCUACUCUGUAGCUAUUCUAUCUCAUCCUCUCAGUUAGCUGUGUGUCUACUCUGUAGCUAUUCUAUCUCAUCCUCUCAGUUAGCUGUGUGUCUACUCUGUAGCUAUUCUAUCUCAUCCUCUCAGUUAGCUGUGUGUCUACUCUGUAGCUAUUCUAUCUCAUCCUCUCAGUUAGCCGUGUGUCUACUCUGUAGCUAUUCUAUUCAUCCUCUCAGUUAGCCGUGUGUCUACUCUGUAGCUAUUCUAUUCAUCCUCUCAGUUAGCCGUGUGUCUACUCUGUAGCUAUUCUAUCUCAUCCUCUCAGUUAGCCGUGUGUCUACUCUGUAGCUAUUCUAUUCAUCCUCUCAGUUAGCCAUGUGUCUACUCUGUAGCUAUUCUAUUCAUCCUCUGAUAAGCCGUAUGUCUACUCUGUAGCUAUUCUAUCUCAUCCUCUCAGUUAGCCAUGUGUCUACUCUGUAGCUAUUCUAUCUCAUCCUCUCAGUUAGCUGUGUGUCUACUCUGUAGCUAUUCUAUUCAUCCUCUCAGUUAGCUGUGUGUCUACUCUGUAGCUAUUCUAUCUCAUCCUCUCAGUUAGCUGUGUGUCUACUCUGUAGCUAUUCUAUUCAUCCUCUCAGUUAGCCAUGUGUCUAAUCUGUAGCUAUUCUAUUCAUCCUCUCAGUUAGCUGUGUGUCUACUCUGUAGCUAUUCUAUUCAUCCUCUCAGUUAGCCAUGUGUCUACUCUGUAGCUAUUCUAUUCAUCCUCUGAUAAGCCGUAUGUCUACUCUGUAGCUAUUCUAUUCAUCCUCUCAGUUAGCUGUGUGUCUACUCUGUAGCUAUUCUAUCUCAUCCUCUCAGUUAGCCGUGUGUCUACUCUGUAGCUAUUCUAUCUCAUCCUCUCAGUUAGCCGUGUGUCUACUCUGUAGCUAUUCUAUCUCAUCCUCUCAGUUAGCCGUGUGUCUACUCUGUAGCUAUUCUAUUCAUCCUCUGAUAAGCCGUAUGUCUACUCUGUAGCUAUUCUAUCUCAUCCUCUCAGUUAGCCGUGUGUCUACUCUGUAGCUAUUCUAUCUCAUCCUCUCAGUUAGCCAUGUGUCUACUCUGUAGCUAUUCUAUUCAUCCUCUGAUAAGCCGUAUGUCUACUCUGUAGCUAUUCUAUCUCAUCCUCUCAGUUAGCCAUGUGUCUACUCUGUAGCUAUUCUAUUCAUCCUCUGAUAAGCCGUAUGUCUACUCUGUAGCUAUUCUAUCUCAUCCUCUCAGUUAGCCGUGUGUCUACUCUGUAGCUAUUCUAUUCAUCCUCUCAGUUAGCCGUGUGUCUAAUCUGUAGCUAUUCUAUUCAUCCUCUGAUAAGCCGUGUGUCUACUCUGUAGCUAUUCUAUUCAUCCUCUGAUAAGCCGUGUGUCUACUCUGUAGCUAUUCUAUCUCAUCCUCUCAGUUAGCCGUGUGUCUACUCUGUAGCUAUUCUAUCUCAUCCUCUCAGUUAGCCGUGUGUCUACUCUGUAGCUAUUCUAUUCAUCCUCUGAUAAGCCGUAUGUCUACUCUGUAGCUAUUCUAUCUCAUCCUCUCAGUUAGCCGUGUGUCUACUCUGUAGCUAUUCUAUCUCAUCCUCUCAGUUAGCCGUGUGUCUACUCUGUAGCUAUUCUAUUCAUCCUCUGAUAAGCCGUAUGUCUACUCUGUAGCUAUUCUAUCUCAUCCUCUCAGUUAGCCGUGUGUCUACUCUGUAGCUAUUCUAUCUCAUCCUCUCAGUUAGCUGUGUGUCUACUCUGUAGCUAUUCUAUUCAUCCUCUGAUAAGCCGUAUGUCUACUCUGUAGCUAUUCUAUCUCAUCCUCUCAGUUAUCCAUGUGUCUACUCUGUAGCUAUUCUAUUCAUCCUCUGAUAAGCCGUAUGUCUACUCUGUAGCUAUUCUAUCUCAUCCUCUCAGUUAGCCGUGUGUCUACUCUGUAGCUAUUCUAUUCAUCCUCUCAGUUAGCCGUGUGUCUAAUCUGUAGCUAUUCUAUUCAUCCUCUGAUAAGCCGUGUGUCUACUCUGUAGCUAUUCUAUUCAUCCUCUGAUAAGCCGUGUGUCUACUCUGUAGCUAUUCUAUUCAUCCUCUGAUAAGCCGUGUGUCUACUCUGUAGCUAUUCUAUUCAUCCUCUGAUAAGCCGUGUGUCUACUCUGUAGCUAUUCUAUUCAUCCUCUGAUAAGCCGUGUGUCUACUCUGUAGCUAUUCUAUUCAUCCUCUGAUAAGCCGUGUGUCUACUCUGUAGCUAUUCUAUUCAUCCUCUGAUAAGCCGUGUGUCUACUCUGUAGCUAUUCUAUUCAUCCUCUCAGUUAGCCGUGUGUCUACUCUGUAGCUAUUCUAUUCUUGGCCUUGUGUGUGCCUCAUCAUAUGUUCAAAACCCUCAGGUCCUUAAAGAGCCUUAAACUUAUAUAUAUAUAUCAAUAACUAUUAGAAACCUAGAAGUCUGUUAUACAGGUGCUGUAUGAUGUGUAGCUACACACUGCAUCAAUAGACAGGUUGUAGGGGUUUGAGUUAUUACCAUCCAAUGUAUAUUCCUAUGGUCAUUCUUAGGCCAAGUUAUGUAGUCAAGAAAAUCUCCUUGUCCUAGUUAUAUAUUAUAGUUAGGGCCAGGGUUUUUUCCUGACCCUGUGGCCUCGCCAGGAAAACCUCCUUGUCCUAGUUAUAUAUUAUAGUUAGGGCCAGGGUUUUUCCUGACCCUGUGGCCUCGCCAGGAAAACCUCCUGGCUCUUGUCAUUCUAUAUGAAGGAGUGGUGUGUUUCAACAGCAUGGUGCUGUUCAGUAUGGUUUAAGGGCAACGUGGGAAGCCUGGGACAUUUUAGUGGGUUCACUGACUGCAUCCUUACUAAAAGACAAAUGCUGCUGAUGAUCCUUUCCUUUCCCAUAGUCUUCUGAUGCUGUUUGAAACUGGUACAGUACAUUGCGUAUGUAGCUUGUAGUCCAGUGAAGAAGUCAAAAGUGCAGGUAGUUUGUAGUACUUUCAAAGGGAAGUUUAGGCAGGAAUCAUGCAUCGAGAAAUGUGUAAUAUACUUUUUUGUACACUUCAGAUCAUUUGUAUACAAUGAAAACCUUUCUAAAGAGCUGAUUAACUUGGUUUUUAUGUAAUAACACAAACGUUUCAUACAGUAGCUAAAUGUCGCUUAGCAUGAAUGUGUUUGCCCUUUUCUGUACAUCUGCUAACUGACUGAAUGGCUUGAGACCACGCAAAGAGAGCAGGUUUGUGCAUCUCUACCCGUUAACCCACUAUGUCUGGGCUUCUGUCUCAGACAGGUAUGUCUCCCUGUAGGCCUACACCCUUUGGGAUUUACCAGUACAACUAUCCAUUUACUCCAUGUCAAGUUCUGUUUUUUUGCUGUUGUUUGUUUAUACUGUGUUAUUGAAUAAAGUUUAUUGAUUUAUAGAA